AUGGCCUUCCACGGCUUAGUGAGGGACGACUCUAGCGGUAGUGCGCCUGUGACUCCCGGGUUCAACUUCAGUAACUACCCGUUUAUGGCUCCUGGUCCGAAUGAUAUGAGGUCCCCCUGCCCUGGUUUGAAUGCGCUAGCCAACCAUGGAAUCCUUCCUAGGAACGGGAGUAACAUCACGACGAAUAUGAUCCUUCAGGCUGCUGUCGAUGCGUAUAAUGUGCAACCUCACGUGCUUUCCUUAGCAGCGAAGAUUGGUAUGCUCGUCAGCGCCGAGAGCGACACCCUCUCCCUCGACGAUAUCAAUAUGCACGAAAACAUCGAACACGAUGCUUCCACCUCCCGCGGCGACUACUACUUCGGCGACAACCACUCAUUCAACGAGACCAUCUUCCAAACACUCGUCAAUGUCUCUGACCAAAACCUCGACACCUACAACGGUACCACGGCUGGACAGUCCCAGAAAGCGCGGCUGGAGGACUCGAUUGCGAGGAACCCGGAGUUGAUCAACACAAACAAGGAGUUCACGAUCAGGACGAGAGAGAGUUCGCUCUAUUUAGCGGUUAUGGGUAAUGCGUCGACCGGGAUUGCCCCGAAGGAAUACGUCAACAUCUUCUUCCGCGAGGAUCGCCUCCCCAUCGAGGAAGGCUGGAAGCGCUCAGACGUCCCCAUCACCAGUACCCUCCUCGAUGCCAUCGCCCAAGAGAUAAAGGCAGCGUCGGAGUGGCCGGGAUCGAACUCGAACUGUUCCCAAUUGGUGAUCUCGCCCAACGGAAUCACGCAGAACUUGAACAACACUCUGAACUGA